AUGAGGAUGUUGGAUUCUGUUGUACAAUUUUCUCGUGCGACUUAACCUCGAGGAUUUGAAUUUUAACGAAAUAAAAAAAAUAUAUUAAGUGAUUAAUGAGUUUAUCUAAUAAAUAUUAAUUCAAAAUCACAUAUUUUUAAAAAUAUUAUAAAAAUGAGUGUAUUACAUUUCUAAAAAUCUUAAAAGUGUUCAAUAUUGAUAAAAAAAAAAUUUAAAUAAAAAUAAAAUUAAUAAUUUGAAAAAUUAAAUUUUGGUAAAAAAUAAAAAUUAAGGCGGAGUGGAAAAAAAAUUUACGCUUAAUUUUUGUAAAACAAAUUUUUGCAAGUGUAAAUUAUUAUUUAGUGUUGUUAUUAUUUUAACAAAUGCCCGAUCUUAGUUGCAUUAAAAUGAAUAAAUUAAUUUUUAUAUGGUUUCUAUGUUUUUUACGUACGAUGGUAAUAAAUGCAAUACCAUCUGAUAUGUAUCUAAAAAUGAUCGCACCAUUAUCAACGAAUGAUCCUUGUUACGAUGAUGAUAAACCACGUAAAUGUAUUCCUGAUUUUGUGAAUGCCGCUUUUGGUAGUCCUGUUGUAGCAUCGAGCACUUGUGGUACAAAAGGACCGGAAAGAUUUUGUGAAUAUGGAUCUAAUUCAGAUCAAACACCAAAUUGUCAAGUAUGUGAUGAUUUAAAUCCAAGAAAACGUUUUUCAUCGAUAGCAUUAACUGAUUUGAAUAAUUCAAAUAAUGUAACAUGUUGGCGAUCAAGUAUUAUACAACCAGCAUUAAAUUUUAAUUCACCAUUGGAUAAUAUAACGUUGACGUUAUCUUUUGGUAAAAAAUAUGAAUUAACGUAUAUUAGCUUACAAUUUUGCCCAAAAUCUAUUAAACCGGAUUCUCUUUUAAUACAGAAGAGUAAUGAUUUUGGGAAAACAUGGAAACCAUUUCAAUAUUAUAGUUCACAAUGUCGUAAAAUGUAUGGUAAACCUAAUCGUGCAACUUUAACGAAAGCAAAUGAACAAGAAGCUAGAUGUACCGACUCACAAGGUAAUCGAAUCGCAUUUAGUGUUUUAGAAGGUAGACCAUCUGCUUAUGAUUUGGAUUCAUCAUAUAUAUUGCAAGAUUGGGUAACAGCAACUGAUAUACGUGUUAUAUUUCAUAGAUUAGAGAUGCCACAUGAACAAUUAGAUGAUGAUCAUUAUUUAUCACCACGUCAAGCACAAAUGAUCUCAUCUAAUGUUGCUAUAUCAUAUAAUGAAAAUGCUAUUGGAUCUAAUGUAAUUGAACCGAUUCAAACAUCAUCUUCAACAAUUGUAAGUGGAUUACAUUAUGCUGUUUCUGAUUUUGCGGUAGGUGGACGUUGUAAAUGUAAUGGACAUGCUUCACGUUGUAUAACUGAUCGUGAUGGACUUUUCAGCUGUGAUUGUAAGCAUAAUACAGCUGGCAGAGAUUGUGAACGUUGUAAACCUUUUCAUUUUGAUAAGCCAUGGGGUCGCGCAACUUCAAAAGAUGCCAAUGAAUGUAAAAUGUGCAACUGUAAUGGACAUGCACGUCAAUGUCGUUUUAAUAUGGAACUUUUCAAAUUAUCUGGAGGUAUAUCGGGAGGAGUUUGUAUUAAUUGCCGGCAUGCAACAACUGGUCGCUAUUGUCAUUAUUGCAAAGAAGGCUAUUACAGAGAUCCAACAAAACCACUUAAUCAUAGGAAGGCAUGCAAACGUUGUGAAUGUCAUCCCAUUGGUUCUUCAGGAAAAACUUGUAAUCAUACAUCUGGGCAGUGUCCUUGUAAAGAUGGUGUAACUGGCUUAACGUGUAAUCGAUGUGCAAGGGGAUAUCAACAGAGUAGAUCACAUAUUGCACCUUGUAUAAAAAUUCCUAAAGUCAUGACAGCCAUGCAAACACAAAAUACUGAACCAGAUCCAGAUCCUAGCGAAGAGAAUUCAUCGUAUCGGCAACCAGGGCCUACAGGGAGAGGUUGUGGGAAAUGCGAUAUUAAUUCAAAAAAACUAAAUCUAAAUAAAUUUUGCAAAAGAGAUUAUGCAAUUUUGGUAAAAGUAAUUGGAAGAGAUGCUAGUGCAGAGACAAGUAGUGAAACAUAUUCAAAAGAAACUCAAGAAGAAAUGGUCAAAUUUGCUGUUAAUGUAAAUGCCAUUUUUAAGAAAAGUUCACCAUCAACUGGAACAGCUAGUUCAUAUUGGCGAAGAGGUCCUAUGACAUGGACGAUACCACUUAAACAAUGGGCAUGUCAAUGUCCUCGGAUAAAAGUUAAUAAGUCAUAUUUAAUACUUGGCAAAGAUUCAGAAACAUCAUCUGGUGAUUUAAUUUUAGGACCCCGAUCUAUGGUAUUGGAAUGGAAAAGUAAUUGGACUGAUCGAAUGAAAAAAUUUCAAAAACGUUCUAGAAGUUGCAACUGAAUUAGCUUUUAGUAUUCAUAAAUUUAGAAAUUUAAAAUUUAUAUACUUGAAAUUAAAAAGAAAAUCAUAUAACAAUUGCAUUCUAUCUGUAAUUGUUGAAUUUCCAAUUGUAAUUUAUAUUAUAAUUAUAAUGUAUAUUUUUA